UGUCCCCGUGGUGUCCCCAAUGUCCCCAGGAGUCUCCUGAACAAGCCCAAGAGCGAGAUGACGCCCGAGGAGCUGCAGAAGCGCGAGGAGGAGGAGUUCAACACGGGCCCGCUGUCGGUGCUGACGCAGAGCGUGAAGAACAACACGCAGGUGCUCAUCAACUGCCGCAACAACAAAAAGCUCCUGGGGCGCGUCAAAGCGUUUGACAGGCACUGUAACAUGGUGCUGGAGAACGUCAAGGAGAUGUGGACCGAGGUGCCCAAGAGCGGCAAAGGGAAGAAGAAAUCCAAACCCGUCAACAAGGACCGGUACAUCUCCAAGAUGUUCCUGCGCGGAGACUCCGUCAUCGUGGUGCUCCGUAACCCCCUGAUCGCGGGGAAAUAACGGGGAAUUCCCAGCUGGAAACAUCCUGGAACAUCCCAGAACCUUCCGGAACAUCCCAGAACAUUCUGGAACAUCCCAGAGCAUCCCAGAGCAUCCCAGGCUCCGUCAUCGUGGUGCUGCGUAACCCCCUGAUCGCGGGGAAAUAACGGGGAAUUCCCGAUUGGAAACAUCCCAGAACCUUCCAGAACCUUCCAGAACCUCCUGGAACAUCCCAGAACCUUCCAGAGCAUCCCAGAGCAUCCCAGAGCAUCCCAGAACCUUCCAGAACCUUCCAGAGCAUCCCAGAACAUCCCAGACCAUCCCAGGCUCCAUCAUCAUUGGGAAUUCCCUGCUGGAAUCGGCCCUGGAACCUCCCAGAACCUUCCGGAACCUUCUGGAACCUCCCCACAGCAGCUCCGUCAUCGCUGGGGAGUUUGGGAUUCCUUGGGAAUCAUCCGUGGAACCUCCCAGAACCUCCUGGAACCUUCCGGAACCUCCCAGAACCUUCCAGAACCUCCCGGAACCUUCCAGAACCUUCCAGAACCUCCCAGAAGUUUCCAGAACCUUCCGGAACCUUCCAGCCCCCUCCGGCUCAUCCCACAUUUCCCCUCCCCCCUCGUUCCUGGCUGGAUUUUCGGGAAGGAGCCGAAUUUUGGGAUGGAGCAGGAAUUUUUGGGCUGGGAUUUUUGGGAUGGGAUUUUUGGGAUGGGAUUUUUGGGAUGGAC